AUGCAUAUGUCCAAUCCCACAUUCCAUACUCUUGUCCUACUCCUCCUUACCCACCUCGACCUCACGGAUGCUGCUCCUGUCUUCCUCAGCAAACGUAAGGGUGGGGGUGGAGGGGGUGGUGGAGGCGGUGGAGGCCGAUCCAGCGGCUUCAGUGGCGGUGGAGCCGGCUAUGCCGGAAGUAGCAACAACGAUGACUUGACUUGGAAAAUUAUCGUCAUCGUUGUUAGCAUCGUCCUCCUUCUGAUCUUCCUAUGGUGGUUCCUACCCUACUAUGUGUUCCCGAGAUAUGAGUGGUGGCAGAGACGGGUGGAGAGGAAGAAGGAAUUGGCGGCGAUAAAGGCACAGAGGAAAGAGGAGGAAAAGAGAAAGCUCCAAGGCAUGGGGCAAGGGUAG